UUUGCUCGUGAUCUGGCUGCGGUCACACUGGUUACUUGCAUUUUAGCUGGAAGAAAAAGCUGCAGGAAAAAAAUUGGCAAUAAAAAGCAGCAGCAGCCUCUAUCAUGGACAAGGCCGAAGUGGGCAGCGCGUGCCUCGCCGCGCCAAAGCGCCGCUAUCCGGCCAGCGAGCGUUGUGGGCGGGAGCCGGCAGGCACGCCCCCACAGCCUCCGCAGCGAGAAAUCCCGACCGAGGAGGAGCCGCAGACGAAACAGCGCAAAAAAGAGGAGGGAUUGCAGCACAUCUCGGACUCGCACUCGGACUCGGGCCCCAACCUGAUGGACCUUUGCGACGAGCUGCUCUGCGAGAUCUUCCAGUACCUGGACACCUUCUCCAUCAUGGCGGUGAUGCACUGCUCGCCGCGUUUGGAGAACCUACUUCUGGACCGCCGAUUCUAUCACCGCAUAGAUCUCAGUAACGGACCGCUGCCAAUGGGAAUACUCGAGGAGAUUCUCGGCCGAGCUACGGAAAAGACGCACACCAUCAAGAUAUGCGGACCGCCAUCCUCGCAGCAUGUUGCCGGCGAGUUCCGCCAAUUCACCCAGACGUUGAGCUCCGUCUUUCCCAAGGUGGCCAACCAGCUGAAGGUGCUGGAACUGCAAGGCGUGAGCCUGGACUUCGAAUACAUACACAUAUCCGAGUUCCCGGUCUCGUUGAAGCGUCUGAUGCUGAAAGAUUGCAGCGUGAAAGUGGGCAACAAUGUCAAGAGCAUAUUUCACACCAUAGAGAUGCAUCUGGUGGACCUAGAGGAUCUCAGCAUCGAAGACAACAACUGGUUCGAGCCGUAUUACAUUAUGGCCCUCUCAAAGCUGCCUUCCUUGCGACGUCUUAGUCUUAAGGGCUGUCAGACGCUCUGUAAGUUUGUGCCGUACGGCAGCAUGGCGGCCCGCUUUGGUUUUCAGAAACUGGAGGCGCUUGACUUACGCUUGACUCCCAUCACCAACUCUGAUCUGCAGUGCUUCAGCGCCAUCGAGAACCUCAAGGAGCUGCUGCUGGAGUCGCCGCCCAACUUGCACCCCGAACAGACCUCCGCGGAGAAGACCAACAACGGCAACGCCACUGACGAGACUGCGCCCCCGCAGCCGGAUUCGCUUAAACUGCUUAACGACGAUGAGCCGUCCACAUCGCGGGCCGCCAUGGAGCACCUGCGUGCAUGCAAGAUUGCGCAGGCCAAGGACGAGGGUGCCGAUAUGUUCAACUCUGACAACUGCAACGAGAGAAAGGAGGAGGAGCAGUCUGCGGCCCCGACAGAGUCUGCUUCGAAUAUCCAAGACAUCCUUGGGAAAAGGAUCAGAGCCCCGUCGGAAUCCGAGGAUGAGGACACAUCCUCCACCUCGGCUACCUCGGCGUCCUCGUCGGACAAAUCGGAGGUUGCUUCGCCGCGCAGCAAUGGCCACAGUGGUCGCGCCCCCCUGCGCUCGCCGCUGGUGGUUAUUGCAUUGCCCAGCGUGGCCGCGGAUGUUCCACCACGUCCAGUUCCGCCGGCAGUGGAUGCGGACAAUCCCGAUGCCCCCGGGCAGGAGGCCAGACCGGUGCCCUCGCCGCGCGCUUACAUAUACGUACCCGAAGCUAAUCCACCCGGGAAUGAAAAUCCCAGACAACAGCGGAAUAUGGUGGCCAUUAUUGAACAGGCGGAACAUUUUCGCAACUGGCGCGGCAAUAAUCCCGCCUUCAGCCGUUUCCUGCCGCGUCACGAUCAGGUUAUCUACAUGAAUCCCACGAACCCGGUGGUCGUAAUGCAUCCACGACGUCAUCGGUCACAUACGCGUCCGAACUUCGACCAGGUGGUGCAGCAUCCGAUGUUUUGGAACAUGCUGGACCCGCUGGAUCGCGACCACAGCCGGCGAAUUCGUCACCGCCCGUCGACCUGUCAGGCCUCACCUCAGUACUUUGUGUCCGAUCGGGCGAUCUAUAGCUUUGGCCGAGCGACGCGACCCGUGCAGCCGGACGUUGUGUGGAUCCGGAACGUCAACCGCUCGCCGGACAACAGACUGGAGCGGCUGUCGUUGCGCAACUACCACCUCAUCACAAAUCACACGCUGGAGCAUCUGGUUCAGUGUUCGCCGAAUCUUGUCUACAUCGAUGUGAGCGGCACGAGCAUAACGCUUUCGGGACUGCGGCGCUUUCAGAGCAGCAAGCCGGAGUGCGAGGUGGUGGCCAGCCACUUGGCGGCGGCUGAGGAAGCCGAUGAGGAUUUCGCGGAAGUGUCGAAGGAAGACGUCGGGGAGGAGGAGGAGGAGGUUGUGCUACCCAGCGGAGACGAAACGGAUCAUGACCAGCUGCCACCGAAAUCACCGCCUCCAUCCCAGCAACUAGCGGUCCCAUAGAAGAUAUACCGCCCUCCUCCCACUAACUAUAUUGUUUGUUGUAUCCUGUUGUACUGUGAACAUUUUUCUGUCGAAUUGGGCCGUGCUGGAUAUUAGGAUUUUAGCAAGACGACGACGACGACGACGACAUGGCCAAGCCGAAAAACCCACAACGCUGGCUACAAGCGAGUGCUGUAGCUCAGCCCACUAGUAUUACGUUCCGAACUAAUCACGCCCUUGUACUAUACACCAGGCUCAAUGCAUUGUAUAAACCCAAGAAUCCCAACACCACAAUAACAAUUCCUCUAGAUAGGCAUUAAAGAACGAGCGAUCAUUUUGGUAUACGUA